UCUUCUUUAUGGACGAACAAUCGAAAGAACACUUUUCUUCUCAGGUCCAUGAAGAAGAGGAUUUUUUUCUAGAUGAAGAUGACUUAAUUGACCUAGAAGAAUACUUACAAGGCGAUGAUGUAUCAAGAACUCAACCAACAAGCGACCCGAACGAGUCCUUUCGACGUCUUUUAGCUGGACCUUCAGUAGAAAAAGUACACAAAUUAAGUAUUGGUGAAUUGGAUCGACACAAAAUCAAUGAAAUUAUUUAUGAAUCUUCCAAAGCAAGGCUCUGCAUUUUUGAACGAGAGAAAAAAAGAGAUGCAGCAAUCACAAAAAGAAUUGAAGUCAUUCUUGCUAAAUACAAAUUUAUCAGGGAUCAAGAUUUGACUUUUGAACGCAAUAUUGCAGAUAAUAUGAUUUCUGAUCUAGAAAAUACCCGAGAUUUAACACAAUGUAUCUGUCAUGUUGAUAUGGAUGCAUUCUAUGCCUCUGUGGAAGAAUUGGAAAAUCCAGAAUUGAAAAAAAUACCUAUGGCUGUAGGUGGCAUGUCCAUGUUGUGCACAAGUAACUAUCUUGCUCGUAAAUAUGGUGUGCGAAGCGCCAUGCCUGGCUUUAUUGCCCUGAAACUGUGUCCUGAUCUAAAGAUUAUACCUUUGCAUUUUCCAAAAUACAGAGCUGCUUCUGAAAAAGUGAGAGAUGUGUUUCGCAAAUACGAUCCUCAUUUCGUGCCUAUGAGUUUGGAUGAGGCCCAUUUGAACCUGACAGAGUACCUUCAAACAACAGACUUAACACCCUACCAACUCGUAGAACAAAUUCGACGAGAGAUCUUUGAAGCUACACAGUUGACAGCCAGUGCUGGCAUUGCUUGUAACAAAACACUAUCUAAAAUAUGUAGUGAUAUAAAUAAGCCAAACGGUCAAUAUUAUCUACCAAUUGAUCGAGCGUCCGUCAUGUCUUUUGUCAAGGACCUGAGAGUACGAAAAAUUCCGGGUGUAGGCAGAGUCACUGAGCGUGUGCUUGAAGCAUUAGGUGUUAAGACGUGUGGCGAUAUUUAUACUCAUCGUGCCAUACUCUAUAAACUCCUAAGCCAUACUAGUUUCCAAUUCUUGCUUCGUAGUUAUUUAGGAAUCAGCGAUACAACCUUAAAUACGCAUACUGAGAGGAAAAGUAUCAGUACGGAACGUACCUUUUCAGCAAUGUCUGAACCGAAUCAAUUGCUUGAAAAACUCAAAGAACUGUCUAUAUCGCUCGAGAAAGAUAUGGAGAAAGCAGGUGUCAUGGGAAGAAAUAUAGGCAUUAAACUGAAAUCUGUCAAUUAUGAAUUACGUGUUCGAUCCAAGACAUUUCCUUCUUAUUUAUGGACUGCCAAAGAUAUUUAUCGUAUCGCAAAGGAACUUUUGAUCAAAGAACUUCCUAUUAAUAUCAGACUUAUGGGCAUACGUGUAUCUACUUUAAAAGCCAGAGGUACCGAAGAUGAAAGUGUUAUGAAGUAUUUUACAAGACUUUCGCCUUCUACUCCUCUCAUAACAACUGAUGAUACCCUACCUUUUAUCAAGGAAGAACUACCUACUAUUGAAUGUCCUGUAUGCAACCGUCAACUUCAACUAGAUAAUCUGGAAUUUAAUAAGCAUGUGGAUGAAUGUUUAAGCAAAAUGGAAGUGAAAGCCAUUUUAAAAAAUGACCACUAUCCUUCAAAGAAACGUCUAAAGAGGUCUCAUCAAAAAGGUAAAUCUAUUUUGGAUUAUUACAAAUAGCCCGCCUAUUCUCAUCUUUGCGGGAAAAUGCAGUAGAUCGGACAAACAAAAUAGUGCAAAAUAAUAAAAAUGGGGUAUUUUUUCCCGUUUGAGUCAU